AUGUCUAGCAUGGCAUGGGACUCCGUCCUGGUUUUGGCUAGGUCGGACCGAGUCGAAUGUAGAGAUGACAUCUUUGAGCCUUACAAAGAUGAGAUUCACCGGCUAUAUGUCAAUGAGAGGAUUCGCCUUAACGAACUCAGGGAGAUGAUGAAGCUCAAGUACGGUCUCGAUCAAACGGAGAAGCAAUGGAAAACUAUGCUUCGCCAGUGGAAAUUCAAGCACAAUUUGAAUCCCAGUGACGCUGCCCACUGCUUGAAAUUGCUCAAUGAAGCCACCUCUCGGGGCUUGUCCCAAACCGUCAUCUUUUCUGGUCAAAAAGUGACCAGGUCUUCUAUCCGGAAAUAUAUCCAAAGGUCUAGUCACAUCAAGUCCGAGGCCGAUUUGUUAGCCAAAAUCAACCCCAAUGAAACUGCUCCAACUUAUAUCAGACUUGCAAGUGCCACGCCCAUCGUUCCGCAUCAGCCUUCUCCUUCAACCUCAACUGUCUCGCCCGCAGUAUGUCCGGGACCUUCGCAUGUCAACCUGACCAAAGGCGCUCCAACGAAUCAAAUUGUGCGCUCGACCCAGGGGUAUCAUCUGCCUUCGGAGCAUCGGUUCAGCGCGUCUCACACCCACCUUGGAAGUUUGGAAUCGCUCAUAGCCCCCUUCCGACCAUCAGCUUUGGACGGUCCAUCAACAACACCGCCCUCAACCGGUGCCCUGGAUCGUAUCAAUAUGGCACUCUCGUGCCACCCCAUCGCCCUGGCUGACCCAGUCAGUCUGUCGGAACUCAACGAGCAUCAUGGCUAUGGUUUCGACGAGCACGUGUGGGGCGACUUUAGUAGAUGUCCUCAGGUCAACGACGCCACCCAGUUUUCCUCGACUUUCGUGGCCAACUCUUUGCGCUGGUGUAUCUGCGACAGUCAAAACAACCGCAAAUACGACGAACAUGCCAACUAUCACUUCCAUACGGCCUUAUGGUACUUUGCAUGCAUGCUAAGAGAUUGCCCCCAACCCGGGGAAGAUUGUAUCUCUGCAACGAGCAUUGCGAUUGCCAUACUCGAAAGCGUUGGCCAGUCUCGACGCCUGGCCAAACUGCUGGCGGAGUGUAACCAAGUCUCCACACAAGCACUGGGGUCGUCAAAUCCUUUAUCUAGGACAUUGGGGUUUGCAGAAACGAUCCUGCAGCUACGUGGAUCUGGAAAACCACCCGCAUAUGACAUCAAGCAUCUCAAAAGUGUCCACCAAGAGAUCUUGUCUCGUUAUCCCCGCAGCCGAGGGCCCGCCUUGGUAGCCGAAUUCAAUGUGGCAUGGGCACAACUCGAGAUGAAGCAAUAUGAAGUCGCGCGCAAGGAGUUGCAAGGCAUCUUCGCAGAAUGUCAAAGUCAUUUUGGUGCCUCUCACAUGCACACCAUCAUGGCCCUUGCUUCUUUGGCUCGUGCUACCAUGAAGCUGGGAGACAUUCGAGAAGCAAGGCGAAUUCUCGUGUCCGAAGUACGCCCCCGGAUCAGGAGCAACUUUCCGGAAAAUCACCCCUACGUUUGGGAGCUAGAUCAUCGGCAAGCCUUCAUGCUCAUGCAACUGGCGAAAUUGACAGAUGAGCAUAAUAAAAGUAAUUAUCUUCACCAGGCUGAGAACUUGUUGCGACAUGUUGUCGUCAACCGCCAUCACAUCUUGGGUUCCAAUAAUCCCAAGUCCGUCCAGUCUUUCCGACUGUUGAGUGACGUCUUGGAGCAGCAGAAUCGACAUCAAGAAGCAUAUCAGAUUUGGGAAUGGACGCGAACCCAACUUCCACAGAGCAAUGCCGGAAUGUCUUGA